AAACGGUAAAGUUCGGAAAAUUUUAAAAAUGGCGCUCCCCAAGAGGACAAGCGUUUUCUUAUUUUCAUUGAUCAAAAAUCCGGUUCAUUGCCAAACAGUCACGCAAAAUGUAAGGACAAGUCUGCAAUCGCUAGCAAGAAGGACAGGCUUCUCUACAACCUGUGCGAGACAGAACACAUUCCCUCCAAAUUUCUACCACAGAAAGGAAGCGGUGGACGAGGAUAGUCCAAGGACAGGGUUCAUUGAGUCCAAGGAAGACUUCAAGUAUGUAGAGAGAUUGAUUCCGCCAUUGGAGCCUCCAGGGCCCCCAGUCCACGAGACCUACCCCACUCCCUCUGGAUGGUCACCACCCAAAGGAACUGAUCCAGGCACCCCAUACUCUGUACGAAGGACACGAUACCACAGCGUACCAGUCUACUUGAAACUGAAGUUUGGCGACAGCCAACAGCUGACCAUCGUCAAGAAUAUAGAGGGCGACGUUUGGGCUCUGGCAGAGGAGCUAAAGGUCUAUCUGGAAGAAUUAGCCGGCUACUCCCUCCCCAUGAGGGUCCACGAGGUGGGCGGGAGGGUACACUUCAAGGGCAUGUUCAAGGACGAGGUGAAGAAGUGGCUGCUGGAGAAGGGAUUCUGAGAGAGGCACGCUUUGGGGAAGCUGGCCAAAGACCGAGCAAAGUCGCACCGGUUGCCGUGCCCUGAUGUGACAAAUGCUUGGCUUAUCAUCACUCUGCUCCUUGCGGCCAUGUUGGUCUUGUACCCAGACUGCAAGGCACUGCCUGAGAACUGAUUUCAGAACUGUAUUUAACUGUACGCCCCUGUAUUUCUGUGGUCUGUGCAAAAAGUGGUCGAAGCAGAGGAGGAUGAAAUAUUGAAGGAAAGGGGGAAGUAAUAUUUGGUAGAGACUGCUACAAAGGGAAACGACGGCCUCAGAAUCUGAAAAUUUGCAGGCCAGGAAUGAAUGUUAAGAGAAUAUAGAAGCAGUUGUCCUCAAACUCAGCUUUUCCUUUUCAAGUUCCCUUUUUUUAACUGUCUUUGGCAGUCCAGGAGAACCCUUUGGAUGAUCCAACUUCAAAUAAAGCAUUGUCUUCUCAUUUCAUAACCAAGUAAUCAGCCAAACCAUUUUGCGGAAUGUUCCCUUUGAAAUGACUUCCAUCUGUUUUUAAGACAAAAAGCAUUUUUUGAAUUGUCCAAAAGCAUUAGGACCCGACCCAUAAAUUCUUUUACUAUUAAAAAUGUCCCUUAAAGGUUAUUCCCUCAAAAAUUUUCCCAGAUCAGCAGAACUUUCUGUUAAUAACUUCCAAUGGAUAAGGUUCUUGGAAUAUUUUUGGAGUGUGUAUGAUUGUUUGUUUUUUUUCACUGUUGGAAAUGGAAAGUUAUUCCCACUCCUGUGUUGCACCCUAUGUGUCAUGGGUUGUUUUAUAUUCACCAAUUUCAGUAAACAAUUCGACAGAAUUUUACCAGCCGAUUCCACUGUAAGUUGAGAUGGAUGAGAGAUUCUUUUUCUGAUUGAUAGUGAUUUUAAUGAAAUACAUGUUUUCAUGGACGAAGCUGUACGUGCAGACAAAAUAAUACAAUGAAAAGAGG